CACCCGAAGAAAUCAACUCACUCACUCAUUCAAGUCGCUAAUCCUAGUUCCUUCAACUCCUCGCUGGCAACAACAGCAGUACUACCAUUAGCCGCGUUUUUCAAAAGUGAUUUUCGAGAAUUAGCGAUGGGAAUUGAAAGAGGAGGCUUCAAGGGAUUCAGGAGCGCCUGGAGCGUGCCGCCCAAGCCGUGCGAUUCCUGCAAGCUGGCUUCGGCGGCGCUUUUCUGCCGCCCCGAUUCCGCGUUUCUCUGCAUCGCCUGCGAUUCCAACAUUCACUGCUCGAACAAACUCGCGUCGCGCCACGAGCGCGUGUGGAUGUGUGAGGUGUGCGAGCAGGCACCCGCUGCUGUCACGUGCAAGGCCGACGCCGCCGCCCUCUGCGUCACGUGUGACUCCGACAUCCACUCCGCGAACCCCCUCGCGCAACGCCACGAGCGCGUCCCCGUGGAACCUUUCUUUGACUCCGCUGAGUCCAUAGUGAAAGCCUCUGCUGCAGCCACCUUCGGGUUCAUUGUCCCAUCCGACGACGGCGGCGCCUCCGACGCUUUCGCCCCCGAUGACUCCGACGCCGCCGCGUGGCUCAUCCCGAACCCUAAUUUCGGGUCCAAGCUCAUGGACGCCCCCGAAAUCAAGUCCAAGGAGAUAUUCUUCUCUGAAAUGGACCCCUUCCUCGAUUUUGAUUACUCAAACUCCUUCCAAAACAACAACAGCGCCGGAAACGACAGCGUCGUUCCAGUUCAAAAACCCUCUCUCGCCCCUCCCCUAAUCAAUAAUCACCACCACCACCAAUCAGAAACUUGCUUCGACGUCGAUUUUUGUCGCUCGAAGCUCUCCUCCUUUAACUACCCUUCCAAUUCUCUUAGCCAAAGCGUUUCGUCGUCGUCGCUUGAUGUUGGAGUGGUGCCGGACGGGAACACGGUGUCAGACAUGUCGUAUUCUUUUGGUCGGAACAGUUCGGAUUCGAGUGGGAUUGUUGUUGUGUCAGGAAAUAGUGUGGGGCAAGGUGCGACGCAGUUGUGUGGAAUGGAUCGGGAAGCGAGGGUACUGCGAUACAGAGAGAAAAGGAAGAACCGAAAAUUCGAGAAGACAAUUCGAUACGCAUCGCGAAAAGCAUAUGCGGAAACCCGGCCCAGGAUAAAAGGCCGCUUCGCCAAACGAACAGAAAUUGACUCGGAUGUGGAGCGUCUCUAUAGCCCUGGCCCUGCGGUGCUCAUGCUGGACACUCCAUACGGCGUCGUACCAUCGUUUUAGUUAAUUUCAAAAUGAAGAAACGAUGGAGUGCAUGAAUCUUAGAAUAAUGAUUAGCGAUUCUGUGGGAUUGUUAGGGGAAAAAGGUGAAGAAUCGAAUCGGUACGAACGUGAUUCUUAGCUGGAGCGCGAUGGGGGAAGAUUAUUGUGAAGAUUUGUCUCGAUCGACCAGAAAAGCCCGUUUACUUUUUAUAAAAAAAAAAAAAAACUUUUAAAAGGGGGCUGCUGUUUCAUAUUCACCUCGUGUAGAAUUAGAAUCUGUACUGUAAACUCUUUUCACUGCCUUGCCUUCUGUCUUUUUUUAGUAUAAAAGUGUCUUUUUUCUAUCAGCCAGAUCACGGAUCUCUUCCUCCGUUCCUGUUGGCUGUCACUCCCAACUAUAUUUAUCAUAUCACUUUUUUAUUAUAUGAUGAUCAUCAAAGCCUUUGUUUUAUCAACGAGUUAUAUGCAUUCUAUGCUCACCCCAA